AAAACCAUCCCCAUUCGCUCCAAGAGACCUCAAACUCUUCUCCCACCAAUGGCUUCCAAGGCGUUCAUCUCCCUUGCUCUGGUGCUCCUCUUUUUCGUGUCCGGCGCACUCGGUGGAGGGAUCACGUGUGAGAGUUUGCAGAAGAGCACGUGUGCAUAUGCGGUGUCGUCCGCCGGGAUGCGGUGUGUGCUCGAGAAGCGCGUGCGAAGGGGAGGGCAGGAGGUGUACACGUGCGGGACGUCCGACAUUCAGGCGGAUGGGGUCAAGAAUCGGGUGGAGACGGACGCGUGCGUGGAGGCGUGCGGGCUGGACCGAGGCACGCUCGGUAUCUCCUCGGAUUCGCUGCUGGAUUCCAACUUCAGGCAGAAGCUGUGCUCCCCUGCGUGCUACCGUGGCUGCCCCAACGUGGUCGAUCUCUACUUCAAUCUUGCUGCUGGUGAAGGUGUGUUUCUUCCCAAGUUAUGCGAGGUGCAGGAGACGAAUGCUCGUCGAGCCAUGGCUGAGAUUAGAAGCUCUGGUGCAGCGCUUGCGGCAUCACCGGGGUCUGUGCCGCCGGGAAAGGUUUAUGCUUCUGCUCCUACUCAGUUCCGGGAGUCGUUCGCCCCGGCAGAGCCUCCUAUGUGACAUUCUGGGAAAAAUUAAAGGAAGAAUACUUAUGAUAUACAUGGCGUGAAUUGUACUUGUCAGACAAUAAGAUGUUUGUUAGAAUUCUUUUUACCUAGUUUCUGAUUGAAACAUGAUUGGUAGAGACAAUCAGAGGGGAUGUCAUGCCAGUCCCUGGUCCACAUCCCUAAAAUGCCAUCAGAUGAACAAAGUUAUGAGUACUAUUUACAUGUCGGAUUUUUCCUACCUUGAGCAAAGUUUAAUGAAAAUGGGUUGGUAUGCGGCAA